AUGUUGGAGACCGAUACCUCCAUCAAGCCCACGUCCGACGAGGCGACAGCCCAGUCACCGACUACCCCAACCUCGCCGACUCAGUCCAACUCUCGUUACAGUACGCAUAUUGUGUUGACCACCUACCCCGGCCAAAGUGGCAUCGACCCCAUCCCGCUCGAAUGGGGCGCCCCAGAUGCUAAAUCCCGCGGCCCCGUCGUUGUCUCCCGUAGCUCCGCAUUGCUCAAGCGGCGGAAUGCUAUGGGCGCUCAUGGUGGCAGUUACAGCAUCUACAACGCCCUCGCCAUUGCCGCCGGUGAUUUGGAACCGAACUUCCGUCCUGACCUCAGCAACAGUCAACCUACAUUCAACUUCCCAUGGCAGCCUGCCUGGGCCGACAAGACCAAGAUUGUGUCUAUGGACCCGUGGGGACAUGACAUUGUUAACCAGUUCCGGGACGAGCUAAGCAAGGGCUGGGAUAUCCGCCCCACAAUGGCGGUGACCCGCGCGAACAUGAACUUUGCGGAGAUCGCCGACGCGGUGAAGGAGGGGAAGCUCGAUGUGGACGGUUCCAUUGUGGUUGACUCCUCCGGUGAAGUGCGCGUUACUAAAGUCGCCGUCGAACCGGUCUGGUAUUUGCCUGGUGUUGCAGAGCGGUUCGGAGUUGAUGAGGGGACGCUGCGACGGACACUAUUCGAGCAUACGGGCGGAAGUUAUCCCGAGCUGAUCACCCGGCCCGAUCUGAAGAUCUUCCUCCCUCCCAUUGGAGGUCUGACGGUGUAUAUCUUUGGGCCACCGGAGCGGGUGUCCGACGAGAAUGUGAAACUAGCAUUGCGUAUUCACGACGAAUGCAACGGCAGUGAUGUCUUCCAAUCGGAUAUUUGCACAUGCCGACCGUACCUUGCAUUUGGUAUUCGGGAGGCGAUUCGCGAAGCCCAAAGUGGAGGCAGUGGAGUGGUCAUCUACUUCCGAAAGGAAGGUCGGGCCUUGGGUGAGGUUAUCAAGUACUUGGUCUACAAUGCCCGCAAGCGCGGCGGCGACACUGCCGACAAGUACUUUACGCGGACGGAGAACAUUGCCGGUGUUAGAGAUAUGCGCUUCCAAGCGCUGAUGCCAGACAUCUUGCACUGGCUCGGCAUUAAGAAGAUCGACCGCAUGCUAUCCAUGUCCAACAUGAAGCACGACGCCAUUGUCGAGUCAGGAAUAAAGAUCCUGGAGCGUAUCCCGAUCCCAGACGAGAUGAUCCCUCAGGAUUCGCGCGUCGAAAUCGAUGCGAAGAUCAAUGCUGGCUACUUCACAACCGGGAAGAAUGUCACAGCAGAAGACUUGGCUGCUGUGCGCGGACGCGGAUGGGAGAAGUGGGAGGACAUCACGAGUCUCAGAAUCACCAUGGGCUCCUCCGUCACCGUCACCCCCCAACCUCGCAUCCCCAAAGCCGGCGUCUGGUGUCCUGCCGUGACCUUCUUCGACCACAGCACCGAUACCCUCGACCUCGAUGCCCAGAAGAAAUACUACCAGUACCUCUCGACGACUGGCCUGGCGGGCCUAGUCAUCCUCGGUACCAACUCCGAAGCCUUCCUCCUCACCCGUGAAGAACGCGCCCAACUCAUCGCCACGGCCCGUGCCGCCGUUGGCCCCGACUACCCCCUCAUGGCCGGCUGCGGUGCUCACUCCACCAAGCAAGUGCUCGAAUUGGCCGAAGACGCCGCCGCCGCGGGCGCAAACUACAUCCUCGUCCUGCCCCCCGCUUACUUUGGCAAAGCCACGACCCCGGCCGUCGUGAAGCGCUUCUUUGCUGAUGUCGCGCGCAAGAGUCCCCUGCCCGUCGUGGUGUACAACUUCCCGGGUGUCUGUAACGGGGUGGAUCUGGACUCGGAGACCAUCACCGCCAUCGUGCGCGAGUCGGCGGCAUCGAGCGGUAAUGGGGUCUCGAAUGUGGUGGGUGUCAAGUUGACCUGUGGGUCGGUGGGCAAGAUUACCAGGCUGGCGGCCACCUUCUCCAAGGAGGAGUUUGCCAUCUAUGGUGGACAAUCCGAUUUCUUGAUCGGUGGUCUGGCUGCGGGCUCUGCUGGGUGCAUUGCUGCUUUUGCCAAUGUAUUCCCCAAGACGGCGUCGAAGAUCUAUGACCUUUAUGUCGCUGGUAAGAUUCAGGAGGCAGUUGAGCUGCAGCGCCAGGCAGCGCUGGCAGAGAGCCCCUGCAAGAGUGGAAUCGCUGCCACCAAGUACGCAGCUGCGAUCUUCUCGGCUCGUGCGGCAGGUAUUGAGGGGGCAGAGGAGAAGCUGAAGCCCCGGACACCGUAUGAGGAGCCGGCGGAGGGUGCGAAGAAGGGAGUACAGGACUUGAUGAGCGCGGUGGCAAAGGUUGAAGGAAGUAUAUAA